AUGGCUGACCAUUUUUCGCACGACCACAAGGUCGACUCCUCGCCGACUCGUAGUCCCGAAUCGCAUACGCCUGAGGAGAUGUCAAUCGGCGAAUAUGCUCGAACUCGUCUGUCGACCUUGAAGCCACCGAUGCACAAGGCGCCGAACCCAAUUACACUUCUUCGAAUGCUAAAUACGAAACAAUGGCUAUUCUUCCUCUGUGGUUUCGUGGCAUGGACCUGGGACGCAUUCGAUUUCUUCACUGUCAGCUUGACGGUUGAGGAUCUUGCCGAAGAAUUCGACAAAACAACCACCGACAUUACCUGGGGCAUUACUCUGGUGCUGAUGUUGAGAUCAGUCGGCUCUAUCGCUUUUGGAUUGGCUGCAGAUCGAUAUGGAAGAAAAUGGCCGUUUGUCAUUAACAACCUUCUCUUCAUCGUUCUCGAGCUAGGAACCGGUUUUUGUCAGACUUACAAUCAAUUCUUGGCCUGUAGAGCUCUUUUUGGAAUUGCAAUGGGAGGUCUGUAUGGUAAUGCUGCCGCAACCGCAUUGGAAGAUUGCCCUGAAGAGGCGCGUGGGUUGAUAUCGGGAAUGCUGCAGCAAGGCUAUGCUUUCGGGUACCUGCUUGCAACGGCGUUUGCAAGAGGACUUGUAAAUACCACGUCGCACGGUUGGCGUCCACUAUUCUGGUUUGGUGCUGGUCCACCUGUUUUGAUCAUCAUUUUCCGAUUAUGUCUCCCAGAAACGGCAGCAUACCAGGAACGUGAGGCCAUCAGACAAGAACGGGGGAAUAUUGGAUCUACCUUUAUUGCAGAGGGGAAGGUUGCACUAAAGCGGCAUUGGCUGUUGCUGAUCUACCUCGUCUUGUUGAUGGCUGGAUUCAAUUUCAUGUCCCACGGUUCGCAAGAUCUUUAUCCUACAAUGUUGAAAAAUCAGUACAACUUCAGCCCUAAUGCCGUUACCGUCACACAAGUGGUCGCCAACUUGGGAGCAAUUUCGGGUGGAACAGUGAUCGGUUAUUGUUCUCAGAUAUUCGGAAGACGAUUUUCCAUCAUCUUCAUUUGCGUUAUUGGAGGAGCGCUGCUCUACCCCUACACCUUCACAUCUAGCAAAGCCGUCAUCGCUGCAGCAUUUUUCGAGCAAUUCUGCGUUCAAGGUGCUUGGGGCGUCAUUCCAAUUCACUUGAUGGAAUUAUCACCUGGAUCUUUCCGCACUUUCGUCGUUGGUACAUCUUAUCAACUCGGGAAUCUUGCAUCCUCCGCAUCUUCAACCAUCGAAUCCACCAUCGGUUCUCAAUUCCCUCUCCCACCAAAAGGCCACACCAAGAGAUACAAAUACGGCCUUGUCAUGUGUAUCUUCAUGGGUUGCGUGUAUGCAUACGUUAUCGUGCUUACUUUCAUCGGACCGGAAUAUCUCAGACGCAGCUUCGAUGUUGCUCAUGACUCUGACGUCUCUGAAGCGGUUGGACAUAAUACGAUUGAAUCUUCGAUGAAGAAGAUCCAUGAACGGGAGGCGAUGGGUAUGGGGAUGAGUGAUGCGGAUCGUGCGGAUAUUGAGGAGGUUGAGAAGGGUACUGCGCAUGGUACUGAGCGAGUUUAG